AUGCAGCGCCGCUUCAGCCAGUCAGAGCAUGAAGGCAUCAUCUUCUUCCUCCUCCUCUCUAUGUAUUUGCACAUCCUCUUGGGCAACCUGCUGAUUGUCCUCCUGAUCCGCUGUGACACUCAUCUCCUCCAGACGCCUAUGUAUUUCUUCCUCAGCCACCUCUCCCUCGCUGAUGUGGGUUUUGCCUCUGCCACUGUCCCUGUCAUGCUGCGCAACCUGCUCUCCCAGAAGAAGGACAUAUCCCAUACCAGUUGCUUCUCUCAGAUGUAUUUUUUAUUGGCUUUUGGAAAUAGCGACAACUUCCUGCUUGCUGCGAUGGCCUACGAUCGCUACCUGGCUAUCUGCCGCCCACUGUGCUAUACUGCCAUAAUGAGUCACAAGCACUGCCUCCUGAUGGCCUAUGGGUGUUGGCUCCUGGCCUUUCUCCACUCCAUGCUGUACACAUUCAUGCUAUCCCGCCACUCCUUUUGUGCAUCCCAGGAAAUCCUCCAUUUUUUCUGUGAAUUCUACCCAGUGCUGGGCCUUUCCUGUUCAGACACUACGGCCAUUAAGAUGGUGGCACAGACAGAAGGCAUGCUAGAUAUUCUAGUGCCAUUUGUAUUCAUUGUGGCCGCCUAUGCUUGCAUCAUCCAUGCCAUCACGAGGACCCCGUCAUCCACUGGCAAAUGGAAGGCCUCCUCGACGUGCGGUUCACACCUAGCAGUUGUCAUCCUGUUCUACGGCACCCUCUGUUUGGUCUAUGUGCAGCCUACCUCUAGGAACUCAAACCAGAAGAACACCUUGGCUUCUCUCCUGUAUACUGUGGUCACCCCUAUGCUGAACCCCUUUAUCUACAGCUUGAGGAACAGUGAGAUGAAGGGGGCCCUGAGGAGGCUUCUUGACAAGAUGUGGGGGUCCCUAAGGGACUAUAAAUAG